CUUACCCCACGGUCGAUAAGAUAUUUUCGUUGCGUUUUUUCUUCUGUCUCAGUCGUACUAAAAAGGGAAAUAUGUAUAAGAAAGUAUAAAAAAUCAAUUGCUAAAAUCAAUUGUUUGAGUGCGUGUGUAUCGACCAUUAGUAGUGCCAUUCAAACUUGUACGAGAGAGCAACAGUUCGGACGAAUCAAAAACAAAAUGGAAAUAUGCAUAAUAUGAAAAAUUGUCAGCAAUAACAAAAACAGAAGUAACAACAACAAUAACAGCCGCAGAAGCAAAAGCAAUAUCAACGUGUGUGUUGUAAUUGUUAGCCAGCAGCAGCACGUACGAGGGGAAGUGUGCAUAUGAAUUAGAAUCGUGGGACGACAGCGACGACGACGACAUUGAAGUUCGCUCCUCUCUUACACGCACAACUUGGAAUGCAGCAACAGCAGCAGCAGCCGGAGAAAAAGCACGAGACCGAAAAAACAGCAGACGGAUGCGGAUCAGGAUCAAUCAAUAUUCCCAAUCAACAAUCCCAAGCAAUCGAAGCGACUGAGUAGCUAUACCCCAGCUAUCGGGAAUCGGGAAGGGAAUCACGCGCCACCCCAAUACGGAAAACAUACCAGAGAAAUAGCCCAGAGCAGCCCCGCAAGAGAAGCGCAAGGAGGAGGCAGUAAGGAGUGAUUGGGGAACAGGACCAAGGGUAAGGGUGGUGUGGGAGUCACCAUGGUGAGUACCAAUCUGGUGGUGCCGGUGGUGCUGUGGGGACCCACGGCGCCCACGCACUGCAUCUCCAGUGUGUUUCUUUCGGACGACCAGUGCACCCUGGUCACCGGCUGCUACGACGGACAGAUUUGUCUCUGGCAGGUGGAGCCCAGCACACUGAAGAUGUCGCCCCGCUGCCUGCUGGUGGGCCACUCGGCUCCGGUGCUCUGCCUGGUGCGGGCCUCGCUGCUGCCCGAAAACAACUUCCUGGUGAGCUCCUCGGAGAACGGCGAGAUGUGCACCUGGGACCUCAUCGACGGCAAGUGCAUGGAGGCAGUCAAGCUGCCGCAGGUGCACACACAGAUCCAGAGCUAUCACACGGCCAAUAGCGAGGACAUUCGUCUGUUCUGCAUCGGCUAUUACGCCGAGAUCAUGGUGAUGGACCCGUUCAGCCUGGAAGUAAUCUACGUGCUUAGCUCCAAGGUGAAGCCAGACUGGAUCUCGGCCAUCCACGUGCUCCGUCCCAUGCGGCGCAAGGACGACGUGGUCCUGGCCAUCACCACCACGGGCACAGUGAAGGUGUGGACUCUGACGGGGAACGAGAACAAGCACGCGGAGCCCAUCUACGAGAACGAGUCGAAGGAGAUCCGCUGCCUCAACGCCAUAACCAUGAACUGCUGUGCCCAGAACCAGCGCACUGUGCUCUUGGUGUGCACAAAGUACUGGCAGAUCUACGACGCCGGGGACUUCACCGUUCUCUGCUCCGUGAUCGCGCCGGCCCGCGAGCGCUGGCAGGGCGGCGACUUCAUCACAUCUGACCGCGUCAUGCUCUGGACGGACGAGGGCAAGGGCUACCUGUACAGGCUGCCCGCCAACUGCAUCCCCGACAACAAGGAGUUCCACUCGAAGAGCGUCGUCCGGGACGCCCCCUACCUGUACUACGUGCUCCAGCAUGCCGGCGACAAGGUACUCUCCUGUCCACCAGCCAUGAAACUGCUGCUGGCCGGAAGCAACGCAAUAGGCAAUGGAAAUGGCAACGGCAGUGGCGGGCAGCACAACCUGCUGCGCGGCGACUCUGAGGGGUACAUCUCGGUGUGGAAUGUGCCGGAGGUACCGCUGGACAACAUCAGCAUACUGCAGGCGAAGCAGAUGCCGCCGCGCGUCCUCAAGCCACACGUGUGCACUUCUCUGGUAGAGGCAUGGUCGAUUAUGGAUCCGCCGCCCGUGGGUAUACUGGAUCAGCUGUCGAGGAUCACCGAGUCCCCGGUUAAACUCACCUCGAGCAUAUACUUGCCGCAGCAGAGUCGCCUGGUCAUCGGGCGCGAGGAUGGCAGCAUUGUGAUCGUGCCCGCCACCCAGACGGUGAUGAUGCAGCUGCUGGUUGGCAUCAAGCAGAACUUCAGCGACUGGCCGUCGCACCAGAUCCUGUACGGGCACCGCGGCAGGGUGAACUGCCUGCUCUGUCCCUCCAUGAUCCACUCGCGGUACGAGAAGUCGCACCUGCUGUCCGGCGGCAUCGACUUUGCCGUCUGCCUCUGGGACCUGUACAGCGGCAGCAUGCUGCACCGCUUCUGCGUGCACGCGGGGGAGAUCACCCAGCUGCUUGUGCCGCCGGAAAGCUGCAGCCCGCGGAUCCUCAAGUGCAUCUGCUCGGUCGCCUCGGACCACUCGGUGACUCUUGUCUCCCUGCAGGAGCGCAAGUGCGUCACCCUGGCCAGUCGCCACCUGUUCCCCGUGGUGACCAUCAAGUGGCGUCCACUGGACGACUUCCUCAUCGUGGGCUGCUCGGACGGCUCCGUCUACGUGUGGCAGAUGGAAACCGGCCACCUGGACCGGGUGCUCCACGGAAUGCUGGCCGAAGAGGUGCUCUCCGCCUGCGACGAGCAGGCAGGCGAGGACGGGGUCGGUGGUGGCUCUUCGGGGGUGAGCGGCGCCUCGACCAGCGAAAUGGGGAUGGCCAAUCCGGCGGUUCACUUCUUCCGCGGCCUCAAGUCGAGGAACAUGAACGCCAUCCGCCACGCCACCCAGCGCGGGAUCACCCAGCUCCAGCAGCUGCAGGGCCACAACCAAGGGAACUUUGACUUCCUCAUGAAGCACCGCAGCAAUCCACUGGUGAUCCAGGGACUGCGCACCAACCCCAAGGACGCCGAGAGCCACAUCCUGUUCUUCGACAUCGAGGGACUGAUCUUCGAGCUGCACAGCGAGGAGUACGCCCAGAUGACGCCGGCCACCUUGGAGGCGCUGGGGGUGCACUUGCAGAACCCGAAGGAUGGCAAGUCGAUGCACCUGGACGCGAGCAAGAAGAUUGGGGACUUCUUCAACAAGGUGAAGAACAAGGCCGUCGACGUGGAGAAGAUCCUGAAGGACAAGGACAAGCACGGACUCGUCCAGAAGUUCAAGGAGAAGACGGAGAUCGUGGAGAAGAAGGUUCAGGCCAAGGUGGAGAGCUUGCAGAAGGCGGUGGAGUCGCACGAGGAGCAGCAGGACCUGAAGAGCAAGAUCGCCUCCAAGAUGGAGGUCACCCACGUGAUGGAGGUGGCCCAGCUGCUGCUCUCGCUGCUCCACUCGUGGGGCCUGGACCCGCACCUGGACAAGAUGUGUGAGACGCGGCUGGGCCUGCUCCGUCCCAUCGUGCCCAUCUCGUACGGGGUGCUCUCCAAGGCGGGCUACAUGUCCCUGUUGCUGCCCACUUGGCAGAACAACUACGACAUUCCGCCGGGCCUCCAGCUGCCCUCCAGCUCGAAGAAGCGCCCGCUUCCGGAGGAGCUGCAGCGCCUGGAGCACCUGACCGCCAUAUUCACUUCACGCCUCCACUGGGAGCUGAGCACCACGCUGACGACUAACCACAUCCUGGCGCUGGUAGCCAUGUCGAACACGCUGCUGUCGAUGAGCGCCGCCUCUUUCCUGCCGGACAGCGAGAAGCACAAGAAGCUGCAGCGCCUGGCCCAGCGGACCGACUCCACGCUGAGCAACGAGGAGGAGCGCGAGGAGAUCCUCGCCCACCACAUUUCACAGAUCAAGCAUGCCUGGAGCCUUCUGGCCACCCACCACUGCUUCCUGUUGCCCGACAAAAUCGAGGCCCUCGAGCCGAAGAAGUUCAAGCGACCCCAGGUGGAGAUGAUGGUGAAGCGAUGGCAGCACCACUGCAUCGAAAUCCGCGAGGCUGCCCAGCAGAUCCUGCUCGGGGAGCUCACCCGCAUGGGCAAGAAGGGGCGAAAGCAGCUAGUCGAAAGCUGGGCUCAGUACCUGCCCCUCUACACCCACACCGAGCCCAUCGUGGGGGCCCAGCAGCAGCUGGUGCUCCUCAGCCAGAGCUCGAGCGGAUCCCAUGCCAGCGGCGGGGCUGCAGGCGGCGGUGGUGGCGGCAGCAACGGCACCCACUCAAUUGGUGGCUCAGCUGCGGGUGCCGGUGCGGGAGGAGUUCCCGGCGCGGAACAGCACCAUGACGAGGACUACGAGGAGGAGGAGGAGGAGAUCAUACGCAAGCCGUCUAGUCUGUCGGAGCUGAAACGCAAGCAAACCACGGCCGUCAUCCUGCUGGGCGUGAUCGGGGCAGAGUUCGGGCAGGACAUCUCACAAGAGUCGCCCAACCACCGCGGGAGCAUCAGCCUCGCCACUGGGGCGACUGGACAGAGCGGAGAGCGCCGCAUAUCGUCCGUGGUGGAGGGCUUCGGAAUAGCCAAUAACCUGGCCAGGCUCACCUCGAUGGCCCUGGCCCACCUGCUGUAUGCGCCGCCCUCGCCCAAGCUGCCCCAGUACACGCCGCUGCGGCGAGCGGCCAUCGACCUGCUGGGAAGGGGCUUCACGGUGUGGGAGCCCUACCUGGACGUGUCCAAGGUGCUGCUCGGCCUGCUGGAGAUCUCGUGCGAGGGCAAAGCGGUGCCCAAUCUGAACUACAAGCUUCCGCUGACGCCACAGGCGGACGCCUGCCGCACGGCCCGGCAUGCCCUGCGCCUGAUAGCCACCGCCCGACCGGCGGCCUUCAUCACCACCAUGGCCCGCGAGGUGGCCAGGUACAACACGAUGCAACAGAACGCGCAGUCCAUCAACGCGCCCCUGACGCAGUCAGUCCUGUACAAGGCCAAGGGCGAGAUCCUGCAGUGCGUGGAGAUGCUGAUCGACAAGAUGCAGUCGGAGAUCGCCAGCCUGCUGGUGGAGGUCAUGGACAUCGCGCUGCACUGCGUGGACAGCAACGAGCUGAAGGUCCGCGGCCUGGCCGAGCUCUGCCCGCCGAUCUGCAAGUUCAACCAGAUCUCCCAUUGCUCUCAGACCCGCCGCAUCGCCGUCGGCGCCAACAGCGGCAACCUGGCCAUCUACGAGCUGCGUCAGAACAAGUGCCAGAUGAUCCCCGCUCACACGCACCCCAUCACCUCCCUGGCCUUUUCGCCCGACGGCAAGUAUCUCGUCUCGUACUCGUGCGCCGAGAACCGGCUCUCCUUCUGGCAGACGAGCACCGGCAUGUUCGGGCUGGGACAGUCGCAGACGCGUUGCACCAAGGGCUACUCCACGGCCCCCAUUCCGGACGUUUCGCGACUCAACCCCAUGCGGCUGGCCAAGCUUGUCUGGAUCAAUAAUCGUACGGUGACCCUAAUGUUGGCUGACGGCUCCGAGACGCGAUUCAAUGUCUAGGGACGCAAUCUCUAAGGCAGGAGGGACGAAUGUAUUUUAGCAGGCAAUCAACGCGGGCUUCAAAAGCGACGGCGAUACGAAACUACACAACAAUAAUUAUUAUGAAUGAAAACGAAAACGGAGCCAAUUUAUCUAAGGAUUAUGUUUCUGCAAACGAAGCCAGGAAAGGCGCGAAAAGAAGCGGCAGCAAAAGGAAAAGGGAAACAAAAUCAUUGCGAUCGAUGCGACUCACAAAUUAAUUUUGUUAUUUAUUUAUAUAUCCUACAAUAUGUGUGUGUAUAUUCUAUCUAUAUAUUCUGUAUCUUUAUGUAUUUUAAUGUAUGUAUUAGACGAUUUUAACGUAUCGUACCUUCCAUUGUUGCGGCACGGCAGUACGCCAGGUCUCCCCAAUGUGGCAGUGAAUCCGUGUAUCCACCUGUAUACCCCAGUAUCCCCUGCUAAUUUUAUUCCUAGAGCUACAUAUAUUUUACCGAUUCGCCGCUCGUGCACAGCACGUGUUUUACCUCCUGUUCCAGUUGCAGUUGCAGUUGCAGUUUCUGUUCCUGUUUGUCGUUGUAACCUACCUACAGAGCAAAAAUAUUACCUAUAUCCAAAUAUUAACAGUCGCCAAUAAUUACUAUAGUACAUACUACCGUUCCGACCUACAGGCAUGUGUAUACAAAAAGCAAGCAAAAAAAAAGCCACAACAACAUCAACAACCACAGAAAGAGGAAAACCUUGUAAAACAAAGAACGAAAAGCUGUUAUUAUGAUUACAAACUAUUAUUAUUAUUAUUAAUAUUAUUACUACUAUUGUAUGCUACUAUUAUUACUAUUAUUAUCCAUAUUUGUUAUACAUAAUGUAUUGUUAUAUAUAUAUAUAUCUAAAGAACCUAAACAGAUGUAUUGCAAAACGUUACAAAAAGUUACAAAAGAAAGAAAAGCAAAAGGCAAACAAACCCACUAAAUAACUAGAAAAUAGAGCCAAGUGUUUUUUUUUUCUAUUGCUAUCGUAAUUGUAACUACUAUUAUUAUUAUUACUUUGUUUUUCGAUGUAACUCGGCCUAGGCGCCAGGCGUAUCCAUGUAAGAACUCUUUGUUUUUUUUUUUCGUUCUGCGGAAACUGUACAGAUAAUUCUGUGUAAACAACAACACCCACACACGUGCAUCAUUUAUUCUAAAGCUCGGAGAGAGCGGCGGAUAAGUAUAGAGUGUCGAGUGUUGAGCGAGGAACCAACCGCUUGUAUCCGCGAAACUAUUUAUCCUAAAAACAUACGAUAUGUACGUUAUUAUAGAAUGGAAAUUGCAAUGUACGCAAUCUUUAUGUAUCUAAUACCUGAAACACACGCAAGCGUCCAUGUUGCAUGUGUAUUGAAUUGUAUUGUGAAUGAAUGUAUUGUAUUUGCAAAUAUUGUAUGUGCUUCACUUACGAACUACACUACAUGUAUGCACAUAUGCAUAGUUACAUACGAGGUCCUUCAAUCAAAGUAUUACGCAACAAAAUGAAACGAAACGAAACGAAAUGAAGCAACUAAACCAAUUAUGUACCGCAGCAUACAGCAAAUAAAGUCAAACAUGAGGAAACCGUUAA